GCCCCGCCCCUCGCGGGAGCCGAGCGCCAAACUCAAAGCGCAAGAUGGCGGCGGAGAGUCUGUUCAGCCGGUUGGUGCCGGUGCAGGUGAAGUGCCAGGGCUGCGAGGACAGGAGGAUAAAUGUUCGAGUAAGGAUUGAGCUACAAUCAACAUCUAAUCCUGUUCAUAAAAAGGACUUAGUUGUGCAGUUGACUGAUGAUACUGACCCCUUUUUCCUUUAUAACCUGGUUAUAUCUGAGGAAGAUUUUCAAAGUUUAAAAUGCCAGCAGGGUCUUUUGGUAGAUUUCUCUGCUUUUCCACAAAGAUUUGUAGAUCUACUUCAACAGUGUAUUCAGGAACAAAACAAAGAUACCCCAAGGUUUUUGCUGCAAUUAGUUUCUUCAGCAUCUGUUUUAGAUCACACACCUGCUUUUUUAAAUGUAGUGGAGACAAAUCCAUUUAAACAUCUUACACAUCUCUCACUAAAAUUUCUGCCAGGAAAUGAUGCUGAAAUAAAGAAGUUUUUAGCAAUCUGCUUGAAAUGUAUUAAGGAAGAAAAGUCGUUAUUGGAACAAAAGCUUAAAAAAACUGAAGAUGACCUUACCAGACAGCUGAGCUACACACAGCAGAGCUUGUCAGAAAAGAGCCGGGAAUUAGAUAAGUUGAGAAGUGAAUGGACGUCACAUACAACAAUGCUAACAAAUAAGCACACUCAAGAAUUGACAAAUGAGAAGGAAAAAGCUCUCCAGGUGCAGACUCAGUACCAACAACAACAUGAACAACAGAAAAAGGAAUUGGAAAGCUUGCAUCAGAAAAGUAUCCAACAGCUACAGAAUCGACUGUCAGAACUAGAGAUUGCCAACAAGGACCUAACAGAAAGGAGAUACAAAGGAGACUCCACAAUUAGAGAACUUAAAGCAAAACUCUCUGGGAUAGAUGAUGAGUGCCAGAGAGCAAAGCAAGAAGUGCUGUCGUUGCGUCGGGAGAAUACUACGCUGGAUGCUGAAUGCCAUGAAAAAGAGAAACACAUUAAUCAGCUACAAACACGAGUUGCAGUUUUGGAACAAGAGAUCAAAGAUAAGGACCAGCUAAUUAUUAGGACAAAAGAAGUAUUAGAUGCAACACAAGAACAAAAGGUGAGACUGGAAGAAAAUACAGAGAAGAAACAAGUUCAUAUAGGAAAACUUGAAGCAACAAUAAAGUCAUUAUCAGCUGAACUUCUUAAGGCUAACGAAAUUAUCAAGAAGUUACAAGGAGAUCUGAAAACUCUAAUGAGUAAAUUGAAAUUGAAAAAUACAGUAACAAUUCAGCAAGAAAAACUCUUGGCUGAAAAAGAAGAGAAACUACAGAAAGAGCAAAGGGAACUGCAGGAGACAGGACAAUCUCUUAGAGUAAAAGAGCAAGAGGUCUGCAAGUUGCAAGAACAGUUAGAAUCUACAGUACAAAAACUGGAAGAAAGCAAGCAACUGCUAAAAACCAAUGAAAAUGUAAUCACAUGGUUAAAUAAGCAACUGAAUGAAAUUCAGAUGGCAAGAAAGCAAGAGAUAUUGGGAACUUCUACCAUUCCACUUACACAUUCAAGCAAUGGCACUAUUAGAACUGGCACUUCACCUCACAAUAUGCUUGACAACAGACUCCGUUUUACUAGCUCAGGAAUCAGUUACCCCAUCUCUCCAGUAUGCGCUUUCCAAACCUUUCCAGAAACAGCACCUGUGAAAAGUGCCAACCAGCAGGUUUCAGGACCAAAGGUUCAGUUUAGCAUGCAGCUUUCAAAAAAUAAUAAAAGUUCAGACAUUCAGCCAGGAUUUCCUACUGCAACUGGUCAUCUAACAAAUACAGAAAAUGGUGAGAAUUUGGGAUUGGAAUUGAAGUAUUUAAAGAAGAGAGAAGACAGCAUUCCUUUACGAGGUCUCAGCCAAAAUACAUUUAACUCCUCAGAGUAUCCGAAAUCCUCCACAUCAACAAAAACACCAACUUCAUCAAAACCCGGAGUACAGUCUACAGCCUCUGCUUACUUCCCUGGAGUGCAAACAUAAUCAUUAGAUGAAAUCUUUUAUAUUACCAACUAUGGAAGAUUUUGGAUGGCUUUUAAUUAAGAUACUAAAUACAAUUACCCCUUAAAAUGUCAAAGUAACCAUGUAAAAUGAGUUAACUUUACCUUACAUUUGUAUAAUAUUUAGCUUUUGUGAAGAAAGCAAGAUGAUUUACAUAGAUAUCAGUAUACAAUUCCAACCAGAAGAGUAAAAGAUGGAGGGGAAAAUUAACUAGUUUAGUCACAUGCUACAAAAGGAUUGUUUAGAAAUGACCAUUUAUAAAAUGAGGCAAAGCCUUUAAAAAAAAAGUUUAUAAAUGGUUAUGGAGCACCAAGAACCACAUAGGAGUUUGUGUAGUAAACAACCUAUUUUAAUCUUUCCCCUUGCCAGAAAUCCACAACUCAUGAUAUUGCUAAUAGUUCUAUCAUUAUGCUGAAACUCAGGUCCUGCUUGGAGUUUCUCCUUAAAAAUACCUAGUAACUUUAGGAUCUUGCUCCUGGAAAGUGCACAGCAACCUCAGCAAUCGCUGAAGUCAGUGGUAAUUGUGCUGGGCAGUUUCCUAGUAUAGGAAACUUCUUUUCCCAAGUUAUGCCUAUAUCUGUUUGGAGUUUUAAUCUAAUUUUUGGUUUCUAUACUGAGACAUGUUUGUAUAGCAUUUUGAACUUCUCUGGACUCCUUACCCUGACACAAGUGUUGAUUUAGGGGCUAUCAGUGUAAUGACCCAGGUCAGCUAAGACCAGGAGGUGCAUUGUGAAAAUCCUGUACAAGGAGAAUAUAGUCUGGAUCAACAUUAUGCUACUAGUCACACUGCAUGUAUGGAUGAACUAUACACUCUGGCAUUCAUUUCUGGAGAACGGUUUUGUAAGAUGCAGCGGGAUGUGGAGUAUAUUUCAUUGGCCUGUCCACUGAGGUGACCUGCCACCAGUGGAACAUUGUUUCCUGUCAGGGUAUGGCUAUCCUGCAGUCUCAGGGUGCGGUUGCAGUCCAAGUAGACAUACCUGCACUAGCUUUACUGUACCUAGUUCAAAUAAGAGCAGUGAAACUGCUUCACUUUGGACUAGCUCCACAAGUAAUUACUCAGGAUUCUGGGCAGGCCUGUACA